AUGUCGCUGCGGCGGUCAAAGCUGGACAAGAAUUCUGUCUACUACCGUUUCGCGCACAAGAGCCAAGUGCUUGAGAAGAUCGAGUUCUACGGGAAAGAGAUUGCCAUCGGCGACUUGAGGCACACGAUAGCGGAGAAGCAGAAGCUUCCGAAGGUGGAUUUGCAGAUUCUCAACGAAUCUACCGGGGAGGUGUACACUCGCGAUGGUCAUCUGCUGCGGCCCAAUGUGAUUGUCACGGUGCGCCGGACACCGAUCCAAACACAGAAGAAGCCGGCUGUCCUCAACUUAGAAGGAGCUGACAUACUCAGUCGUGUGAAGCGAGCGAAGACUGCUCCGCAGCCAAAGCCGGAGCCAGUGCCAGAAGAGAAAGCUCCUUGCCCUCCGGAGUACUUGUGCUCCUUGUGCACGGGGCUCUUCGAGAACCCGAGCAUUGCGCCUUGCUGCGGUCGGUCUGCCUGCCUGCGCUGCUUUGAGGCGCAGCCGACGACGAUCUGCCCCCUUUGCAAAAGGCAGAGAGCGGAAGAUCAGAAGCCCCUGCCCAACCCACGGCUGGCGGACAUCAUCGCCUCCCUGAAUUUGGAUUUCUUCGAGCUUCCAGCCGUGACAGUGGCACGGCAAGCAGCAGCCGCCCGAGGCGCCAGGAACGAGUCUUCAUUGGGAAAAUCAAAGCUAGCGGCUAGUGGCGGUUUAGGGUCAGGGAACGCCCCGUGA